AAAGAAGCAAGUCAUUUUUAUUAACGAUGUUCUAUCAUGUAGGUUAUAGAAAGAAAUAGUGUGAUUAGGAAAUUUUGUUUAGAAAAAGAAUGCUUGUUUUGGCAUUACAUUUGUGAUCGGAAUUCGAACUUUUCUCUGCUACAAAAGUAUGAGAAGUAUGGAGCAUUUGUAAGUGACUACACGUUGCAUAUAUAUUAUAAUUCGGUUAUGAUAUUAUUCGACCACAAAAGAGUUUGUAAAUAUCAUGUUCCCGUCAGACUUGCAUACAAUUCUUUCGAGCCUGAAUGCGAAGACUGGAGUUUGUCUCCUUAUAGAAGAAACUCGCCCAUUAUUUUUCUGCAUGGUUUGACUUCUUGCAAGGAAACUUGGGCCAGUAUUCCUCAGAUAUUAGCUAAUGAAUUAAAGAGAAAAGCCUACACUUUGGAUGCAAGGAAUCAUGGAGACAGUGGUUGGAGCGAUAUAUUUACAACUGACGAUCUGGUGAAUGAUCUUCUGUUCUUCAUGGAUGCUGUCAAUGCGGAUAGAGCUAUUUUGAUUGGCCACAGCAUGGGAGGAACCGUAGCUAUUCAGAUGGCCAUAGAAGCUCCCGAAAGAGUGGAGAUGAUCGUCGUCGAGGAGAUGUUUGUGUCUCAGCCUCCCGAGAUCCUGCUGCAGGUCCCUCUUCUGUACGUCAGACGGGCGCCUAUGGCCGUCAAGUUGAUCCCCAGGGAUGCUGACGACAUGCAGGCCGUUCGAUUCAUCAUGGAUUACGUGAACAAAGGCCUUCCACCUGGAUUAAGUGAUAUCCACAAUCCCAGCAAGGUCGACAAAUCGACGUGGGCCUUGAGGAGAACUGCAGAAGGUCAUCUUGCUCUAAAAGCCAACAUGGCCGUGCUGGAGAAGAGUUUGAUAAAUGCGAAGGACACGAUAAAAGUGCAGAAUGGUUCAUUUGAUGGGCCUGCCUGCUUCAUUUAUGGAAAACAAUCUGUCUUUAACGUAUCAUUGGACGAAGAAAAUAUCAGAAAAUGCUUUCCUAAUGCCAUAUUAAUUGGAGUGGAGGGUGCAAAACAUACUGUGCACAGCGACAACCCCCAGCAGUUUGUGGAUGCUAUUUUGAACUUUCUCACUAGCAACAUGACUCCCAAAAACAGGUUGUGAAUGAAUGAGUAGAAUCUUCUGGAACAAUAAUAAAGGGCAUAUGAGAAAGAGUGACAGAGAAAUGCCAAGAUCAAGAUUCAAGAAGUGCCAGCAUAAUUAAAAAGAAAAACACCAUUCUGUAUUUUUUGGACUCAAUAAAAAGAAAC